AUGGUUCUUCUUACUAUGACCCCCUCCAUAGUAGAGGCACUAAACCAAUUAUCCAAGACAAAUAUUGGUGAUGUUGCCAAAAGCCACGAGGGUAAUUCGAAUAUGAAUGACAACGUUGAGCCAUCAUUAGAAGAUCCGUCAAUUGGAAAACCCAUAAGCCAUGGUCAGAUUAUCGAUAUAUGGACGACACUAAAAGCUUCAGAAGGAGGGGAUAAGAUCAAGCUGGAAGAACUCUUGCGUGGCGCCACGGUCUAUAUCCCCCCACCACCUCCGAAGCCAGAACAGACACAAGAAUAUAAAGCAUUGAUGGCUAGAUUACGACACGAAGAGGAAGAAAGGUCGUAUGAACGGAUGCUAAAGAAGGCACCUCCGAGGGAAUCAUUCGCCCGGAGGGAUCCCACAGCUCCGAUGGCGCAUUCGUUUGCUGAGGUCAAUAGACCCUCUAGAGCGUCUGAUAUAGGUGAUGAAAUCGAGCAUGGAGACAUUCAGAAACAGAUAACACUGGUGAUCAAUUUUUUGGUCAGUGUCUUUGGGUGCGCUGCAGCUCUUUGGAUGGCAGCAAGAUGGUGGAGCGUCCCAGCACGGCUCUUCCUGAGUUUAGGUGGCAGCAUCAUGGUUGCCAUCGCCGAAGUUGCAGUCUACUCGGCUUAUACAUGGCGAAUGGAAGAGGGCGAAAAAGUGGAAAAGAAAAAGAAGGAAGUCAAGAAAAUUGUUCAGACUUGGAUUGUUGGAGAGGACGAUAAUGGCCAGAAAGUUAACGAUGAGCCCUUCAAUCUAACGGCCCAGGAUGAUGCAAAUUCCGAGACUAAUCUUCGCCGAAGGAAUAAAAGUCCGACAUGA